GAUGCGGGACGGGCGGGCUCCCCUGUCCGGCAUGUGGGCUGUCUUUCCAGCCCGGGUGGCCGCAGCCGUGUUCCUGCUGGGAUAUUUCAUAGCCUUGGAGGAAACAGACCUGGAAGAAGAAUUACAGCUUCAGAUUAUCAACUUUAAUUAUGAAAAUGUUUGGGUCACUUGGAAUGCAAGCAAAUACCCUGGUACGAAUUUGACGUUUUUCUACAAAUUGACUAGUGACGAUGAGUAUGGCCAAUGCCCUGACUACAUUCACCGAGAAGGUCACACUGCUGGGUGCCUCCUGCAGGCAGUGGAAGAUGAAAUUCUGCAUUUUUACAUCUUUAAUGGAACACACCUUCUUCUCUCCAGGGCUCAAUGGACUAGCACUUACCUGAAACCCAGCUCCCCAAAAGAUCUGGCCUUCCGGUGGCACCAGGAAGCAGUCACGGUGACGUGUCCUGAUCUUCUCUACAAAGAUCUCCUAUAUGAAAUGCAGUUCAAAAGCAUCUUUGACACCGAGUGGCAGUCCGCAGAGGAGAAUACCUGCAAUGUUACCAUUCAGGGACUGGAUGCUGAGAAGUGUUAUUUGUUCCGGGCCAGAGUGAAAACCGAGGAGCCCAGCUAUGGCCCGGACACCUACCCAAGCGACUGGUCGGUGGUGGUACGCUGGCAGAGGGGCGAGCUGAGAGAUUCGUGCAUGGAGGAAAAGCAUUUCCCAAAAUUUAUUUUGAUUUCUAGCAUGGUUGCCAUCCUGACACUGUCUCUUCUCCUACUGUCCUUAUGGAAAAUCUACAGGGUUAAGAAGCUCCUCAUGCCAAGUGUGCCAGAUCCCAAAUUCACCUUCCCUGGGCUCUUUGAGUGCCACCAAGGAAACUUCCAGGAGUGGAUCAAGGACACCCAGAACGUGGCCCACGUGGAUAACAAGGAAGGUGUGGAGCAGGUGUAUGUCUCGGAAGAGGCCCUGGUGGUCCAGCUGGCCAAGGCUGAGGCUGAGAUGCCCACAAUGACAGCCAGCCCGUUGUGCCCACGGACAGGGCAGGAAGAGGACUGUGGCGACCCCAGGCAGCACUCGUGUCAGCCCCCCCAAACUGGCAAGGUGGUCUCUCUCGGGGGCUUUACCUUUGUGACAAGUGACAACUCAUAUGUGAUGUUAUAAGGGGCUGCAAAUUCAAAAGUCACGGUGUGGGUCUACGUCAAUAUUAUAGGACCCAGACGGACAUCUCGGGCACUCAGCACCGCCACAAAGGGCGUAUCAUUCCGGGGCCACUGAAAACCCCACGCACCCCACUGGUCGACUCCGUCUGUCAGCUUUGAUCUCGUGGAUACUUCAGGGCUGGAAGGCAGAUGCAUGGCAGGUGGGACCCAAUUUGUUGAGCUGUUCCUGGUCUCUGCUCACAUCUCCCUUAGCACAUGUUUUCAUGCAUUAUAAGGAACAAUGGCUGGGGUGCUCUGACUCCAUUUUCCUUCCUGUAAGGCCCCCAAAUCCUGCCCUGACACCAUUUAUACUUGUGAGCUGUUUCUUGGCCCUUUGGUUACAUGGCACAUGAUCCCAGCAAGCCAGGCAUGCAGCUCCUGCGUGGAAAGGAGCCCCACUUUACAGAUGUCAUCAAGCCACCAGCAAUUGCUCUGAAAGGCAAAAGACCCCCCCAUUUCAGCAAUUGGAGGAUUUUCUGCAGGAGACUCGAGUUUCUUCCCGAGUCCAAAGUCCUGAGACAUAUUUGAAUGUUAACACCCUCUGCACGGUCAACCGAAGCAUCUUGCUUGUGGGUGCGUAUCACUAUUUUUAAAAAAUUGAAAUAAAGCCAGAGAAGAAAGAAUUGCCUUCAGACAGAUCCUGGGCCAUAAAUAGGUUGCUGAUUUCACAUAGACAGUGGAAACUAUUAGCAGGUUUCUCUGCUGAGGCUUCCAGUGCGUAUGUUUCUAGAUGACUGAGAUCUUGAUGCUUCCAGAGAUUACCUCCUCUCUCUCAGCAGGAUGCACGAAAAAAGCUUGGGUUAGCCCCCCACCCCUGGAUCCUGUGU